GGGAGGAAAUCGCAUUGAAUUGAGAGGCUUCAAACCUCAUCCCCAAUUGGCCAAAACCCAAUUUACCAUAUACCAAAACCAACACCUCUUCCUCUCCUCUCUUCUUCUCUCUCUAAACCAAACCCUAACAAUCUCCCUUCCUCUCUUUCCGAUGAUGCUCUGAUUCUCACCACUUUCUAGAUCUAAUUCCACUCGAUUUAAUGUAAUUUGAAGUUGGUCGAAUAUAUUUUAUGGAUGAUGAUAGUGCAGAUGGAUAAAGUGUCCGCUCCUUCAUCAAGGGAGCGUGUGCAGCGUCUCUAUGAAAAGAACAUUGAGUUGGAAAAUAAGCGGCGGAAGUCAGCUCAGGCACGCGUUCCUUCUGAUCCCAAUGCAUGGCAACAAAUGCGUGAGAAUUAUGAAACAAUAAUUCUUGAGGACUAUGCCUUCUCUGAGCAGCACAAUAUCGAAUUUGCAUUGUGGCAGUUACAUUACAAGAGGAUUGAGGAGCUGAGAGCACAUUAUAGUGCUGCUAUAUCUGCCACUAGAUCAAACACAUGUCAGGGUGUGAAAGUGCCUGCAAAACCUGAUCGAGUCUCCAAGAUUAGACUGCAGUUCAAAACCUUUCUUUCUGAAGCAACUGGAUUUUAUCAUGAACUUAUAUUGAAGAUAAGAGCAAAGUAUGGUCUUCCUUUAGGGCAUAUUUCUGAGGAUUCUGAGAAUCAAAUUACCAUGGACAAAGAUGGGAAGAAACUUGCCGAGGUGAAGAAAGGUUUGGUAUCUUGCCACCGUUGUCUUAUAUACUUGGGUGACCUUGCAAGGUACAAAGGAUUAUACGGGGAGGGUGAUUCCAAAUCUCGUGAAUAUGCAACAGCUUCGAGUUACUAUUUGCAAUCUGCAUCUCUUGUUCCCUCAAGUGGCAACCCCCAUCAUCAGCUUGCUAUAUUGGCUUCUUAUUCUGGUGAUGAGUUGGUUGUUGUUUAUCGUUAUUUUCGGAGUUUGGCUGUUGAUACCCCCUGUACAACUGCCAGGGAUAACUUGAUUGUAUUAUUUGAGAAGAACCGUCAGAUAUACUCUCAGAUGUCUGGGGAUGUUAAAUUGUCUACUGCCAAGGAGCAUCAACGCAAAGGAAGAGGGAAAGGUGAAGCAAAACUUGCUUCUAGAGAUACUGACAUAGAGGCCAGCUCUGUGAAGGAAAUUGUGCCUAGUGUACAGGAGAUGCUCAAAUCAUUUUGCACCCGCUUUGUGCGUUUAAAUGGCAUUCUUUUCACACGUACAAGUCUGGAGACAUUUGCAGAAGUCCUUGCUUUUGUUAGCAGUGGAUUAUGUGAGCUUCUUUCAUCUGGCCCAGGGGAGGAGCUGAGUUUUGGAUUAGAUGCAGCUGAGAAUGCUCUUUUUAUUGUUAGGUUUAUCUCCAUCCUUGUAUUCACAGUCCAUAAUUUGAAAAAGGAAACUGAAAAUCAGACUUAUGCAGAAAUCGUACAGCGUGCUGUGCUUCUUCAGAAUGCUUUCACUGCUGUGUUUGAGUUAAUGGGGCAUGUCAUAGAGAGAUGUAUUCAGCUGAGGGAUCCAUCUUCAAGUUAUCUGUUACCUGGUCUUCUGGUUUUUGUUGAGUGGUUGGCGUGCUGUCCAGAAAUAGCUGCUGGCAGUGAUGGUAAUGAGAAGCUGGCAACUGUUCGAACAAAUUUUUGGAAUCAGUGCAUAUCCUUCCUGAAUAAAAUUCUGUCACUGGGGCCAAUGUCCAUGGAUGAUGAUGAAGAUAUAACUUGCUUUUUUAACAUGAGCAGGUAUGAUGAAGGGGAAACUGAAAAUCGACUGGCUUUAUGGGAGGAUUUUGAGUUGAGAGGAUUCUCACCUCUUCUUCCUGCACAUACUAUCUUGGAUUUUUCAAGGAAACAUUCCUUUGGAGGUGAUAUCAAUAAGGAAAGGAAAGCCCGCCUUAAAAGGAUUCUAGCUGCUGGGAAGGCAUUGACAAAUGUAGUUACUGUUGACCAAAAAACAGUAUGCUUUGAUUCAAGGGUGAAGAAAUUUCUUAUCGGUGUUGAGCCUUCGGAUGAUGUAACAUUCAGCUCCUACCCAGACGUUUCCAACUCAAAUGAUAUAGUGCAAGAAAAUCAAACUGAGAAAGAGAUUGAUUUGGCUGUUGUUCAACCAAACCUAGAGCUUUACAUGGAUGGGGAAGAGGAGGAUGAAGUGAUUGUUUUUAAGCCAGCAGUGACAGAGAAGAGAGCAGAUGCAAUUGGCUCAAACUGGAUGUCCUUUGAUGGCUUGAAGCCUGCUCAUAAUGCAUCUGCUAGUGAUCUGCAAUUACAUGGUGGUCCUGUUUCGGCUCCUAUAAAUAAGCUAUACCAGGCAUCUACUUUUGAUAAUAGUUCCCAAGUACCUGUAUCUGUUGCUAGUAUUCUACCUCAGCAGCUCCAGCCGUUUCAACUGCAUGCUUCAAACUGGUUAAUGAAAGAAGAAGCUUCUCUUGCUAAUAGCUUAAAAGGUUUGAGGGUCUCAGAAAAUGAGCAUGUUGUGAAACAUGAUUUGCAGGAAAAUAUAGGCGUUUCAUUCCCAGAUUUUGGGCUGGUUCCAAUCCAGCAAUCUGUUAAUGCUAGUACUAGUAGUUUGGCCUACAGUCAUUUGAAAGAGCCAGAAGCUAUGAUACCACCCAAGAUUGAUGCUGUUGCUGGAGUUACUUUUGACAGUUUAGCUGUAAAAGCUACAUCAGCAUUGCCAGCAGGCCAGAGGAAAAAUCCAGUUAGCCGCCCUGUUCGGCAUCUUGGACCUCCACCUGGCUUCAGCCCUGUUCCUUCCAAACAAGUGACUGCACCAAUUUCGGCUUCAUACUUGACUAGCGAAAAUCCUCUGAUUGAUGAUUACAGCUGGUUGGAUGGAUAUCGGUUGCCACCUUCAACGAGAGGCCUUGGUAUUUCCACCAAUUAUCCAUCACAUGCAAAUCCUCAAUAUAUCGGUAAUAGCAAUGGUGUUACGGGGACAGUCAGCUUUCCGUUUCCUGGAAAACAAGCUCCAGCAAUGCAGCAGCUCCAGUUUGAAAAACAGAAAGGCUGGCAGGAUUUCCAAACUUUUGAUCAUCUAAAAUUGCAGCAUGAACAGCAGCUGCAGCAACAGCAAUUGGGUAAUGGGAACCAGCAGUUUGCUCCUCUGCCUGAGCAAUAUCAAGGACAGUCUAUCUGGGCCGGUCGUUAUUUCGUGUGAUAUCAGUUAAAAGCAUAGCUGUUAUUGAGAAUGAUUCUGGUGGAUGUACCUGCAUUCUUUUGCUAGCAUGUUCAAACUCCAACUCUGAAGCCUUGUCGGUGUUAAAUUUUAUGUUGUUGGAGCAUUGGUGGCCUUGGCUCAUUGCAGGCGCUUGCUACUACAGAAAUUUCACUGAGCUCUUUUGGCUGGGAAGAGAAAUAUUGAAACAUCGUAUGGUGAGAAGUUGGAAGAAGUAAUUUGCCUUAUCGGGAUAGGGGCUGGAGAAUAGAAUGUGUUAAUAUGAUCAUCAUUGGUUUCAAAGCUUGUCAAUAAAGGAUGGGUGUGCUCGCUAUGCUUCUUAACUUUUGUAAGGGUGAAGAUGUUGAAGCUGCUGCUACCAUCAUCGGUUGGCAGCAGCUGAUCAUAUAAUAAUGCAUUUGGUAAGUUGUAUGCAGGUUAUAGCAUCAGGGGUCGUCUACUGAUAGGAAGGCUUGGCUUCCAGGUAUGUUUGGUUGGGUGUCUGAACUGAAGUUGGCUGGUUUGGUGGGUUUUUUAUUGAAGAAGAGCAGAAUAUAUAAUGGGUACAAGUGUCUGUGUGGUCGUGUCUGGAUAAUCGGAAUAAAAAAAAAAACCUCAAUGUUCUGUUAUGUUACUUUAUGCUUUAUCAGUAUUUUCUUCUAAGUUGUAAUUGAGCUCGCAGGUUGAGUGGACGGUGUGGUCUUCUUUAUCUUAAAUAAGCUUGUGAAAUAACACUACCUGUGUUAGUGGUGAAACGGUGUUUGAUGUGUGGAUUUCAUCUUUUACUGUUUGAUGAUAUUUUACUCUUGUCGGUA